GAGCGGGUACUGCGAACUGCCUUACUAUGGUGUAGCCCUCAAUCCCCGUUCACUAUCCGGACUCAAAACGUGCAACUUAGGCUUCCUCUUGUUUACAAAGACGGCUGAAAUCACUGCUGAGCCUCAUGAGUCGGCCUCGCGGAUCGCAUCGACAUCAUGGAUUUAAGUAAAAUGGGUAUGAUCCAGCUCCAGAACCCCAACCAUCCCUCCGCACUGCUGCACAAGGCCAACCAGAUGCGUCUGGCCGGGACUCUGUGCGAUGUGGUCAUCAUGGUGGACAGCCAGGAGUUUCAUGCUCACCGAACCGUGCUCGCCUGCACCAGCAAAAUGUUUGAGAUCCUCUUCCACCGCAGCAGCCAGCAUUAUACCCUGGACUUUCUCUCACCAAAGACUUUUCAGCAGAUUUUGGAGUACGCUUACACUGCCACGCUCCAGGCCAAGGUGGAGGACUUGGAUGACCUCCUGUAUGCAGCGGAGAUCCUGGAGAUUGAGUACUUGGAGGAGCAGUGCCUCAAGAUCCUGGAAACCAUCCAGUCCUCGGACGAGAACGACGUAGAGGCCAAUGCUAACGACGGAAGCACGGAGGAGGAUGAGGAGCGUAAAGGCCAAAACGGAGCCAAGAACUCCAAGAAGCAUUCCCUGGGGAGUCCCAGUCUGUCAGGUAACCAGCUGGUCUCCAACAUGGCGGGCAUGGUUGACCAGAGUCCCUCAGUUUCCACCUCCUUCAGCAUGUCCAACAUGAGUCCCACCAAAGCCGCCGUGGACAGUCUGAUGAGCAUCGGCCAGUCUCUGCUCCAGCAAGGUUAUGGCGGCGAGCAUCACGCCCACCUCAACUCCCACCACCUGCUACCUGAGAUCAAGACUGAGAUGAUGCAGGUGGACAUGAGCGGCAACGGCCACGAGAGCCCCCAGAACAUGGAGUCUGGCGGCUCCAGCAACGGAGAGCGAAGCGGGGAGGACAGAAACCGAGACGGUCCGGGAACACCGACCAGGAGCAGCGUGAUCACCAGCGCUCGAGAACUCCACUACGUCCGCGAUGACGCCAUGGGUGACCAGCAAGCUGACAUCAGCCAGAUGGGGCUGGAAGCCAUGGCCGGGAUGACGGAGAAACAUUUGGCCUCUCUAUACUCCCUACCUAUGAAUCACAAAACAGAGGGCAUGAUGUCCAUGCCGGUGUCCAUGGCCUCCGGAAUCCCCAUGUCCCCAGCCCUGGCUAUGUCUAUGGACUUCAGUGCCUACGGGGGACUGCUGCCCCAGAGUUUCAUCCAGAGGGAGUUCUUCAGCAAGCUCGGGGAGCUGGCGGUGGGCAUGAAACCGGACGGCAGGAACCAGCACGAGCGCUGCAACGUCUGCAGCGCAGAGCUUCCGGACAACGAAGCUGUGGAGCAGCACAGAAAGAUGCACAGUGGGAUGAAGACCUACAGCUGUGAGCUGUGUGGGAAGAGCUUCCUGGACAGCCUCCGUCUACGAAUGCAUCUGCUGUCUCAUUCAGGCUCGCUGAGGUCAAACAACCUGAAACUGCCGCGUGGGGCGCACACCCGUUUAAAAACCGGUGCUGAUGGGGCGUUCAAGGCCGCUAGACUGCAGGGAGCGUUCCCCACAACUAAAGCCGGUGAGAAGGCCAUCGUCUGUGACCAGUGCGGUGCCCAGUUCCAGACGGAGGAGUCCCUGGAGGCUCACCGGCAGAUCCACACCGGUUCCGACAUGGCCAUAUUCUGCCUGCUCUGCGGGAAGCGCUUCCAGACCCAGCCGGCUUUGCAGCAGCACAUGGAAGUCCACGCCGGCGUGCGCAGCUACAUUUGCAGCGAAUGCAACAGGACCUUCCCGAGCCAUACUGCACUCAAGCGCCACCUACGCUCUCACACGGCAGGCGACCACCCGUUCGAGUGCGAGUUCUGCGGGAGCUGCUUCCGAGACGAGAGCACGCUGAAGGGCCACAAGCGCAUCCACACUGGGGAGAAGCCCUACGAAUGUAACGGCUGCGGGAAGAAGUUCAGCCUCAAGCACCAGCUGGAAACCCACUACCGCGUGCACACAGGUGAGAAGCCAUUCGAGUGCAAGCUGUGCCACCAGCGAUCCAGGGACUACUCGGCCAUGAUCAAGCACCUGCGCACCCACAAUGGCGCCUCGCCCUACCAAUGCACCAUCUGCCUGGAGUACUGCCCCAGCCUGUCAGCCAUGCAGAAGCACAUGAAAGGCCACAAGCCGGAGGACAUCCCCGCCGACUGGCGCAUAGAGAAGACCUACCUGUACCUCUGCUACGUCUGAGACGGCGAAGUGAAUGAAGAGCGUUGGGAGAGGGGUUGAGAGGUAAGGGGAAUGUAACGGCGUGGAUCGGAGGCGUGGGAUCCUGGCGAUUGAGGAAUGUCAACAACGAGACACUCGAAGGCGAGGGGGGGUUUAGUUUUCAGUUUUUGUUUUCAUGCAAAGGCGGCAACAAGCUGCGGGGUAGAAGGGUGGUGACGAUGGGGCAAAACGACUAAGAAGAGGAAGACUUGGACACGGAGAGGGAUUCUCCACCUUUGUUCGGAUUCACCGGGUCAUUCACUACAUCUGUGCAACUGCGUCUUGUUUCAGGUCUUUUCAUGCAGCACCGGAGAGCAAGCAAUCUGCAAGGAAGUGACUCUUUGGAUCCUGCUGACUAGGUAGAUUCUCAAGGGCUAUCUGAACCUGCACAUCCCCUCCACCAGGAACCGCAUCCCUCACUCCAUCCUGUCAUAAUUCUUGUUAAAUUCACACUUCCUUGUGCUUUCUGACUAAUGAGGACCUUGUCCUCAUGCCCACAAACCUCAAGGUUCCUGGUUGUUACCGAGGACUUGAGGAUGUAUAUUUUACAACGGCAGUGUGAGCGGAUCAUCUGUUUACCACGGGAGUCUGCGUGGUUAAGAGGUCCGUGCGUGAAAUCCUGCGGAUGCCAGCGGAGGUGGCGAGAUAGCCCCUGAGAAUCAGCAGCAGCAGAGCCGGCGGGCUCGUGCAGUAGAUGAAACAGUCGACCGGAGGAGUGGGCGUGUCGAAGAGCUGCAAAGCCAAGCGCCCCAUUCGGUUGCGAGCAGGGAAGAUGCUAAUGCUGCUUUUUCGUUGGAGGUCUCCACAGCUUCCUCAACAGUCUUCCUGGUUCUGCAUCUCUGCCAGACGAAGGCCGGAGAAGGCGGAGCACCAAUGGCUCAUUUGCAUCACUUUUUUUUUUUUUUCAUCAUAUACUCUUUUUUUUUUUUUUUUUUAGCUCUUCAUCAUAGUUUAUCAUGGCUUCAUUGCACAAUAAGAACAAAACCACGACAACAGUCUCUGUUUGAUGUUAUAUAAGUAUUUCAUAAAGGUAUAACUCGCUACUACAAUAGUUGACAUUAAAUCCAACCUAUCCACCCGCUCAGAUAUAGUUAACACAAAUGCUUUUUCCAUUUAACCAGAUAGCUAUCCAUAUCUCACAGUAAUAUCAAGGUACAGGAACGGACACAGAAACAACAGAUCAAUCCGUUGACCACAGCGGAGGGAAAACAAAUGAGGAAAAAUGUUGCUGAACACUUGAGUCUUGGGACUUCGACUGGUAGCUGGCUACGUGCUUCUGCUGGUGAAUAUUGAGAGAGCGCUGAGGAGGCCUUAGUUCUGCACCUUAACGCUCGUCGAAGGUGUCUCGGCGGUUUGAAGACUGUUAUAUGAAAUCAAAAUGUGAAUGUGAAAGUAUGUAAUCUACGUUUUGUUCAAGAAAAUACAGGUUGAUGCAGACUUUUGAGUUGAAGUCAGAAACCGAGCAUUCCCACCUCCGAAUUGAGCUUUUCUUGAAGCAUUUUUAACCCUUUGUUGGAUACUUGUGCUUGGCAAAGGGAGCGAGAAGGUCCAUAGGAGCCCUCAGAGGGAUGUCUGCUCUAGGUGGGAAUGCUAAACCUUUCUGACGUCUCUGAAACGCAGCAUCAAACUGUUGUGACGAACACAGUCACAGGUACUGUUGUUGAACAUCGCUGGAUGUCACGGCAUCGCCUAGGUGAUCACAUAUCCAAAUGGCCGGUGGGAUUAGCAGGGUUGGGAAGUCCAGGCAGCAAGACGUCAGAAUAAAUCAGCUCUUUCUCCGUGGUUUUGUCCCUGCGCAUUGUCUCUCUCGUCCCCUUGUUGUCGUCAUUAUUGACCUUGAGUUUGAUCUCAACACAUCGUACUUGAAUUACCUCGUUUUUGUGACCUCAUGUUGCUUGUAUAUUUUAAUUUUCCCUUUUGUUACAUGUGUACCGUUGUUUUUUGUUUGUUUUAAUUUUUUUUUGUUGGAAAGAUGCACCGCAAACACAGUGAAGCAAUGUGUACGCAGAGAAUUUAAGUGCCGCGGUGAAGAUUUGUUGGUUUUGUUUGUCCUUUGUUUUUUUUCUCUAAUGUCGUGUAUUUCUUUGUGUAUUACUUGUGUUACCAAACUUGGUAUUAUUAACCCUGUUUGUUAAAGAGCCGUAAGGUUUAGUCAUUUGUUAAAAAAGCUACCUCUAAGUUCUUUUUUUUGUUUUUGUAAAAGCACAUUUUUUUGUGUGUUUGCAUUAUUUUGUCAUUGCUACUUCAUCUCAUGCUUUUUGUUUUCAAAAACUGAUUUAUGAUUGUCUGUUUUUCAGCAAAGUUUUUAUGAAAGGUAGAGGGGGACAGGAAGAGAAAGGUCACCCAUACGGACGCUCGUCUGUCUCUUACGCCUCGUUUCCACUAUCUUCCGUGCAGUUUUGUGAUGAGCGCGGAACUCCAUUCAUUCUUAUGGGAUCCUCCGUAGUUACGACAUAGUUACGAAACUCCUCUGUCCGGUGUUUUUGGAGCAUUAAUUGACUCUCAUGCAUUUAAAAGUCGUGACCUCUAGACCUGAUUUGGGAGAGAGAGCGUCUAAUGUUGGCUACCAAAGCGUAUACCUUCUCUUCAAAAUUUGUAAUGCUUGCAAGAGGGACAGGACGAGAAAAAGUCACUUGUACGGACGCUCGUUCUUCCUUUAUGCCACUUGCCUCCAUCCGGUCCCGUCUUCUACCACUCUUCGUGGGAACCUCUGCGGUCUCCGAUGUAAAUGCGAAACUUAAUCUUCUGGGGGGUUUUUCCCCUGGCGUGCAUUUAAAAAAAUGUUAACUUUUGUUGUUGAUAUCAGAAAGAAAUUUGUAUGCUGUGCUAGCAUCCAGUGCUAGCUUUCCCAGUGCAAAUACCUUAAAAAAAAAAGAACUUCUUUCAGUUGACUGUUUAGUGAAAUUGUACCUAAGAAGCCAUAGGCUCUCGGAUAGUUUCUCCCAUGGCGGCAUUGAGCUAGCAUUAGUAACGAUAGCAUCAUUAGCAAUGAUAGCCUCAUUAGCAACAAUACUAGCAUCAUUAGCAUCGCUAGCAUUACCAUCGCGUGAACAUUGAAGAGAUGUAGUUCCCCGCCUUGAACACCAGGGGCGUGCUCUGGUCCCACGAACUGACGAAGGAUGAGUUGAAACGAGGCGUUCCGGUUCCCUCUGCACCUCCGACUGAGACGAGCAGAGGAGAGAAAAGAAAAACGGCAAUUUUGAAGCCUUAAGAGACGGGUAAGAGGGACGCGCCAGAUAAGACACAGUACUAUUGCUUUUAAAGAGCGUUUAGAAACAAGAAUUUAAACUUGAAAAUGUGUGAAUAAAGUUGUAGUUUUGUAAUGUGAAAAAAAAAAGGUUCACCACAAGUCGCUGAACCGCACAGAACAGGUCAUGUUGCAGUGAUGCAGAGUGCGUUGGACAAUUGGAACUGCAAGUUGUAAUCAAAAAAAGACAAACUAGGAGGUUAAGAAUAGUGAUAUCUGUCAGCAGAUGAGAUCUCUGGACAUGCGAGUGUGAACAAGAGCCAACGGAGGCAAUUUGAUAUAUAAAAAUUGUGAUAUUUUUGUAUUCAGUGUCAGUCCUUUUUCCAUUCGUGGAGGGUUACAGCAGGGCGCAAAUAUUUGUAUUUCUUUUUUUUUUACCUGUUUUUUCUCUCUCUUUGGGUGUGAAUCAUUUUUGCCUUGCUCCUCUUUGAUAUUGUUGGACAAAAAAAAAAAAGAAAAAAUGUGUGUGAACAUAUUGUAAUAAUACGUGUUGCUUUCUGGAUGUCAAUUGCAUUGUAGGUGAAGGACUAAAUCCAUCCACCACAAGUUUUACCAGUGUGUGUGCGUGUAAGUGACAAAGUUUAAAAAAGAGAAAAAAAAUAACAAUAUAUAAGAUGAAAAAAAAAUAAAUCCAGGAUGGCCGGGAGCGGUCGCUGCCAAACCGACCAAUUCGUACUCGUCAUUCACAGUUUUUCAAUCAAACUUGACUGUCAACAUUUUUUGUUUUGUUUUUGUACUUGAAAAAAAAAAUAGAAGAAGGGAUGGCAUGUCCCAUGGUGUCUUGCCAUUUUAUUCUUAAACACUGUGAGCCGAGGGGGCUUUUUUUGGGCCCCCUGAUAAUACCCACCCAUAUAAUAUAUAAAUGUACCCAGUCACGGUUCAGUCUGAACACCACAAUGCAAAACCUGUUCAGUCGCAUUAUCUUUAUCAUCGUCCUUUGAAUGUUUUCUACUUUUUCAUGUGGGUGAAAGAGUGUAAAAAGAGUGUUUAACUGUGUUUGAGUGCGCGUAUGUAUGUGUGUGUGUGUGUGUGUGUGUGUGUGUGUGUAUUAGUGAAAAAUGCACUAAUCAGAUCAGAUACAAAAUAAAAUGAUAUUCUAUGCCACUUUUUUUUCUGUUAGGGGAAAAAAAUAUAUAUAUAUACAUUGGCAUCGAUAUAGUUCUUCCCUCAGUGUUCCUCGGAUGUUUCUGUACUAUCUUUGUGCCUAAAAAUGGAAAUUGUUCAACGAAAAUAUCCAUCUAUAUCUGCUUUGUUUCUGUAUUUUUCAGAAGAAAAUAAAAAUGUUGUCUCCAGCACCCUAGGGAUGUCAUGACGCUCGAAAUAUGACAAGAUGUUUUUUAUUAUUGUUUUAUAUAUAUCCACAUUCUCUUAUUUUCAUGAGCUGUACUCUGAUUGGCAUUCAAAAGCAUUUAACCAACAGCACAAAAAAGAAAAACUCGGCCCGUUUCUGCGGUUUUCUUUGGCCCAUGUUUGGCUCUGACUGACGGCAUUGACUCCGGGUGAUCGGCCGUAUAUCCGCUGCACGCAACCCAACUCUUCCUGUUCUCCAGGCCUUCGGGCCGCAUCUGGCCCCUCGCAACACUUGCCGUAUCCUACGUCAAAACUGAUUUUGAAUUUCGGGCCACAUUUGGCUCAUGAAGCACAUAAAUUUCACACAAAAUUCAACUUUGGCCCAGUUUGUGAACUUUGGGACGCGACUGUCCCACGUAGCACUUGCCAGUGCCGUAACUGAGCCGUUAAGUGCCAAAAGUAGCCCAGAUUAGGCCCAAAUGUAUCUGCUAUCCAGAAAAUCUCUGAGAAAAGCCUACCGAUAUCUACGCAGACUUCCGGUGGGGAAACUUUGCGAAUACUUUUCAGUUUGUCCUUUUGUCAGCAACAGGUUUGCUUGGAAAGAAAAUAAAAUUAAAACCUCCAUUUGGGGUAGGUUGGCACUAUGGGUUUUCCCUAUUGCUUUGUUUCUGUUUAUGUAUUUUUCUUAAGUACUUUUUCUUUUCUACGAAAUGCAUUUAAUGGGGGAUGCUAAAUUUGCCAGAGAGGAUUCAUGGCAUCCCUGGAGCUGGCACUCUGUGUUUUGGUGUGGUGUUUCUAGAGCAAAGUAGCCAUUUCAUGCAGUGUUGCGAUGCAUGUGCCAUCGAGGUCUAGACUAAAAUUGUUUGAGUAACAAAGCACCAAGACAUUGUAUUUUUUUAUAUAUUAGCACUGAGGACCAACUGCCCUGUCGGACCAAGCGUAACAAAGCUUUUUAUGUAACAAAGCUUUUCUGUCUGUCUUUCCCUGGCUUGUCUGUGCUACUUCUCUCCUCUGUUGUCGUGACAGCACAAGUGCCAGUCGAGUUGCUCUGUAUUAAGAAAAUAGUGUUUUUAUCAUGAUUUGAAUUGUUAUAGUUUUUGUCUACCUCAGCACCUAAUCUUAGCCUAAUCUUAGAAGGUGCCCAAUUAUUAUUUCUUUUUGAUUUUUCUUUAUUUUGUUCUCUUAUUGUGAAAAAAAAAUCAGUUGAAAUUUGCAUUAGAGCUUUGCAAAGGUCCUUUGUCUUUUCCAGCGACAAUGUGCUCUUUUUAUUUUUAUUUUUUUUUUCGUGGGCGUACGCCCGUCUAUAGCCACCGUCUGUUGAUAUAGAGCUUGUCCUGUUUUUUUUGUUUUUGUUUUCUUUCUUCCAUGUAGGAUCAGACACAUCUCUUUGUAACAUUUCAGUGUUCUCUGAUGGAGUGUGAAAAAAAUGAAAAUAAAAAGGAAAAAUAAAAGAUUUAAUGCUGCAGGCUGUCUUCUCCAUGUUGUCGAUAAAGUCAAUGUUGUGCCUUUGAUAGUGAAAAUAUAAAGAAUUUUUCUUUUUUUUUUCAAACCCUACUAACAGUAGAUUGUUUUUUGUAGUGGUUUUUUUUGUAUUUUUAUUUAUGGGUCUCAUAAUAAAAAUCAAAUCAUGAUGUUCAGUUGUAUACUUUAAAUCUGCAGUUAG